UAGAAUGUUUGCCUUACGAUCCUCAUUCUUCCUCCUCAGCGCCAUUGUUUUGGUUGCCUUUAUCCAGACCGCCUGCGCAAGUGUCUUCUCUCAGCUUCAAUACAUCAAAAUCGUAUCACCAACCAGUGGACAGGAUGUCAAAGCUGGUGAAAGUCUCGUUGUUAAAUAUGUGAUGCAGCCUCUUGUCCUUGAUGGAGUAUCUUCAGGAAAGGCUCUUAGCUUGAAUAUCAGUCUCCACAGCAGAACCGGAAACCAGAAACAACAGAAGCUUGCCAUUGUUCACAACUCUUGUCCCGUAACCGCACAGACUAACAAAUAUGUCACUCACACCAAGACAUGGUCUGUUCCUGCCAACCUCAAGCCCGGAUCUUACGCUAUUGACUUUGAAGAACUUGUUCAGUUCCGUCGUAGUCAGGUCACUGCCACCGAGACAGUCAAGAUCAACAUUGUCGAUUAAAUAUAUAAAUCCUUUUUUAUUUUAUUUUUAUUAAAUGUACAUCUUUUUUUUCCCGCUCUUUUGGCAACCUAUUCUGAAAAGUAGAAGGCAAAAGGAAAUCAAUACGAUACAAUAGAAGAAGUAACAAUUCCAUUCAUCAUUCAUAUCUUUAGAAUCCUAUCGGCACUUUUUGCACUAAUCUACACUUCUUCUUUUUCUUUUUGGAAAGUGUAUAUUAUAUCUGUAAGCCGAUCAUGUUCAAAUAAACAGGCCACACAAACGCUAAAACUGUCUCGUAUAUCAAAAAGAGAGAUAGAAAACAAGGGCAAAAAAUAAUUGGUGUAUAAAAGCCAAAAAUAAAAUUAAUGUACUUAUAAAUCUGAAGUAUAAAAAUACCACAUACAUCUUUGAACC